AUGCCGGUGUCGGAAGAGACCUUUUCUCCAGUGGCCCUGGCCACCAUGCCCCAGGAGCCCCAGCAGACAGACUUCCAGCUGGUGCGAGUCAAGAGCACAUGGUACCGGAUCAAGAAAGGAGAAGCCCUUUCUGAUGGCGAGGACAAGAUAACUCUCUCUGAAGCAAAAAUUUCAGACACGCAAAGUACAAAAGAGCAAUAUAGUGAUUUCAAACCAUGUUUUCUGAUCCUUGCCAGAGGUGAAUGCAUCUCCGACGGUGGAAUUUCCUGGACAAUUGAAGCUCCCAUCUAUUUUUGCUACAAAGUGGUAGAAACAUACAAUAUUCUGGAUCCCUCUAACACUACUCUGCUCUGGGGUCACAUUACCGACCCCCAGCAACUAGAGCUAGCCACUAGCAGCAAAAGGAAGCUGAGGCGCUUUAUUGUCAUAGAUGAAGUCGUUGACGAACUUUAUGGCUCCAAAGUCAGAGAAUACUUUGAAGAGAACAACGUUCAGCACAAAAUCCUCGCCCUGCCUACCACCGAAGAAACAAAAUCCAUGGACCUGGUCUUGAACAUCUUGCAAGAAGUCCAGAACUUCAGCAUUGACAGGCGAACCGAGCCCAUCAUCGCCAUCGGAGGAGGCGUCUGCCUGGACAUCGUAGGACUAGCCGCCUCGCUCUACAGAAGACGUACCCCUUACAUUCGGGUCCCAACAACACUCCUCUCUUAUGUUGAUGCCAGCGUGGGGGCAAAGAAUGGGGUGAAUUUCCUGCAGUGUAAGAAUAAGCUCGGGGGCUACACCCCCCCGGUUGCCAGUUUCCUGGACAGAUCCUUCAUUCAGAGCAUUCCUCGACGACACAUCUCCAACGGCCUUGGUGAAAUUUUAAAGAUGGCACUCAUGAAACACAAAGGGCUGUUUGAUCUGCUCAAGACCCAUGGGAAAUACCUGCUGGACACCAAGUUCCAGUCCUACAGCGGCUCUGCCGACCGUGGGGAUGCUGCACUGCAGACCACCAGGAUUGCCAUUGAAACCAUGCUGGAAGAGCUGGCUCCCAACCUUUGGGAAGAUGACCUGGACAGACUGGUUGAUUUUGGUCACCUUAUAAGCCCAGAGCUGGAAAUGAGGGUUUUGCCAUCGCUGAUGCACGGAGAGGCUGUGAACAUCGACAUGGCGUUCAUGACCUACGUCGCCCACGUGCGGGGGCUCAUCACCACCGAGGAGAAGGAGCAGAUCAUCCAGUGCAUGAGGGGCCUGGAGCUGCCGGUCUGGCACAGCGGCUGCAGCUGGCCCCUCAUCAAGAGAGCCCUGAUGGAGCGCCUGAAACACAGCGGGGGGCCGCCCCGCAUGCCUCUCCCCACCGGCCUGGGCGUAGCAGAGAUAUUCAACGACACUAGUGAAGAGACCCUGGAAAGAGCGUACAAGCUGUGGGUCAGGGACUGCAAGACGAUGCUGGAAGAAGAGCCUGCUGCUCUCUGA